CUAACAUGUUCUGAUGAUGUGUGUCCGAUGGUGGAAAUGACUAUGGUUAGCACUAGUGUUCUACAUAGACUCUCUAACAUGUUCUGAUUAUGUGUGUUGUAUGUUACAGAGGGCGGCCGAUGGCGGAGGUGUCCGUGGCCAGCCCCAGUGUUGCUCCGCCGGCCACCUCGACACCACCAACUUCGCUCUCUACUGUUUCUCCCCGUGAGCAGAUCAGGAUUGAAUUCUACAAGACCUAUGACGUUAUGACAGGGGUCCGCAUCGCAGCCACUCUGGGCGGAUUCUUCGGUUUGAUGGUUUUGCUGGUUGUCUACAAGAGCAAGUGCAAAUCUCGGUCGCUCAGUGACGAGCAUCUAGAGGCAGCAGUCGCGGCUGCUGCCAUAGAAGAGGAGGAGCAGCUGGCUCUCAACGCACUCAACUUGUACGGCCCGCGGCGGUCGCUAGGCAACAUGAGUGCUCCCAUCGGACGACCGUUCCCUCGGUUUUCGUCUCUGGGAGGUCACAACAUGCUCAACACUCCCAUGAGACUGUGCAACUACGGACAGCGAGCCAGGGUCAGUGUGCCGGUUGUGGAACAUAAAAUGCCAGCGUUUGUGCCAUCUCCUCGGCUCACGCUCACCUCACCCCCGCUCAAGCGGCCUUACCCCGAGGAGGAAGAAGAGGAGGAGGAAGACGAUGACUACCCAGUCAACUUCCUGCAGGUGCCGUCUAGAAGAGCGUCUCGGCGGCUUAGCUCCAUCACAUGUUCUAGUGCUGACACGUCGUAUCUAGAGAGGCGAGGGUCAGCUGUGGAAGUGGGGCAUCCUCCCCCGCCUCCUCUGCGCAGACCUCCCCUGCCUAGCGACAGCUGGGACUUCUACUACCCUAUAGACAUCCAGGUGAUAUGGUGUCACUGUAAUGCAUUCUCAUACUUUUUCCCUCACACCGUUGGAAUCUUUCACUCUUUUUGUAAGGGCUGUUACCCCAGCUAUGGGUCAAACCAUAAAUUUCCAGAUUUGAAGAUCGUAUUUCUGCUGCCUAAGCUGUCUAGCUCUGAUGAGGUUCUCGACGGCUCUUCCCCACUCUUCAUUUGA